ACGAGCGUUUCUCUGCAGCUCUACCGGGCGGGCAGGCUGGGCGCACCGGUGACCUUAUCGAUUUCAACAGACUGCUUCUGGCGGGUGUCAAAUCCAGAGGUGAACGUCGCAGUCCAGGUGCUGAUCCAUUUUGUGAGUGAUGUGAGAAAUAACUCAAACAUGCACCAACAUAUGCAAGUGCAACCCUUUGAAGGAAGAGCUCGUUGUAAUUAUGUAAAUCUGCCAAUGAUAAAUGGGGACAGACUGAAGACAGCUAAGACUCUAGUGGACAAGGCAAUAAAGGAGAAGAAAGUGUUCUCGGUGCUGGGUCCCUAUCCGGUAAUCCGUGCAGGACUGCGUGCCAGAGGAUGGGUGGAGCGGCGACUACCUCGGCCCUCUGUCCCACAGCUCCGUCGACAUGAUCUUGAAACAGAAGCCACAGAUGAGGGUGACAGCAGUGAUGAUGAUGACUCAGGAGAAGAAGGAGAGAGGAACGAAGAGGCAGAUGAUCUGUACGAUCUAAUGACACGGUUGGUUCGCAACGAGACGCCAUAUUUCUACUGGACAACCAAGAGAGAUUCAGUCGACUGUCGUUCUUUACGUAAAGACCAGAUGACCAAUCAUUACGCAAAGGCUGGAUCUUUCACCACCAAGGUUGGCUUGUGUAUGAAUUUAAGAAAUUUGCAAUGGUUUGAUGCAGCAGAUCCCGAUACAUUUUUCCCACGCUGCUACAGACUAGGAGCGGAUGAUGAUAAACAUGCUUUUAUUGAGGACUUCAGAAGGACUGCAUGCACAAGUCUACUCCUGUAUGUUUUGGAGAAGUAUGGAGGGGAUUCAGAGUGGGAGAGAACCAGGGAGGUGUAUAAUGCAAAAUCUCAUGGUCUGAACAAGCCACGUAAACAGCAUGCCAAUCAGAGGGUUGGAACCUCGAUAAUUGACAAUGCAUUGCAUAUAUGUCAGGAGUAUCUUAACAGUUUAGAACACUGUGACAUAGACAUCACUUUGGAAACAAUACCUACCCUCUCAGAGCAACAGUGGAAGGUGUUUCUUCAGAAUUAUUAUUUAGUUAUUCAUGAAGGACUGACGAUAGAAGGCUGUGAAGCUUAUGUGGAGCGUUGUAAAUGCAUGCUGGAGCAGAUGAGUCAUGUUUGCCCUCAGAUGGAGACUGAUGGACUCUGCAACAUCUGGAUCAUUAAACCUGGGGCCAAGUCGAGAGGCAGAGGUAUAAUGUGCAUGAACAGGUUGGAUGAGAUGUUGAGUUUAGUAGAUGCAGACCAUGGCAUCAUGAAGGACAGUAAGUGGGUGGUGCAGAAGUACUUGGAGCGGCCUCUUCUGGUGCAUGACACUAAGUUUGAUGUAAGACAGUGGUUCCUGGUCACAGACUGGAACCCUCUUACUGUGUGGUUCUACCGUGAGUGCUACCUGCGAUUUUCUACCCAGCCUUACUCAACUCAUACACUGGAUAGUUCUGUACAUCUUUGCAACAACUCCAUCCAGAAACAUUUUCAACCAAGCCCUGAUCGCAAUCCUUCUCUCCCCGCUGAGUGCAUGUGGUCAUGUUCACAGUUCCGCUCCUGGUUGGCUGCUUCAGGCCAGGAUGAUCUGUGGGAACGGGUGGUGGUUCCAGGAAUGCAGAAGGCCGUUAUCCAGACUCUCCUGACUGCACAAGACAGUGUGGAACCUCGGAAAGCUAGUUUUGAGCUCUAUGGGGCUGACUUUAUGCUGGGCCGGGAUUUACGACCUUGGCUGCUGGAGAUCAAUGCCAGUCCCACCAUGGCACCCUCCACAGGGGUCACAGCUCGACUCUGCCCCGCUGUACAGGAAGACACUUUGCGGGUGGUGCUGGAUCGACGCUGUGACCGCAACACUCACACUGGUGGUUUCCAACUCAUAUACAAACAGGCAGCAGUAGAAGUUCCUCAGUAUGUGGGAGUGAAUCUUCUUGUAGAGGGAACUUCAAUCAGGCGUCCUCGAGCCACUGUUUACAAGCCUCUUAUUCAGUCUCACCCUGAUCCGCUAUUAAAAUCCAGCAGUCACAAGUCUUCACUUAUAAGCAGCCAUUGCAUUUCUGGUAAGGAGAACCAAUCAGAAGAGGUAAAGAAGACCUGGCCUACCCUCACCUCCCGUAAGGUCACAUUAGAGAAAUCUUUGAUCUUUCAACCUAAACUGAGGAAACGUCCCCACAGACUUGUGUUGCCAUCAACAUGUUUUGUCCUUCCCAACCCGGCAGAACUUCAUCCUCAAAAACUCUCACACACUCAAGCCCAGCCAGAUCAACCCCCUACACACAGGACACGCAGCAACCUUCCAUCGCUUUACCGUCCAACCCCAUCACUCGACUUAAUAAAUCUACGACCCAGACAAACCCUCACUUCCGGUCGCUCAAAACAAGAAACGCAUAUAGUCAAUAUAUCUUAUCCUGCCUUGCGCAUGCAGAAAUAUCUGUCGCUAAACCAUAGACUGACCGUGGACACUUUUACAGAGAGAGAAGGACCAAAGUCAUCCUGAGGAAUCUUUUGAAGAAAAUAAUUUCAUUUAAACAGAUUCUAAUGUGACAAUAUUACCUAAAAGGAAUUAAUAAGUUUUAGAUUGCAUCAGUUGUAUUGUGAUUGUGAUUAUAUUUCAAUGCGCUGUAUUUAAAACUAAUAUAACUGCUGUCAGAAAUAAGAACUGUGUAUUAGUUUUUCCUAUGCACAAGAAGAGUUUUCUUCAAAAAAAAAGAUUUUAUUCAGAAUAUUGACUUAUCACUUCCAUAUAAUGGAAGCGUACCUUGGCCAGGGCCUGUAAAGUCUAAAAUAGACCAAAGAGCACAUAAACAGUGCAUUUGACCACAGCUUGUAGAAUUUUUUUUAAUCUUUGACAUAAUGCAUAUGUAAGAUAUACAAUACUAUCUUGAAUCUUGACUGUAGUAUUAACUUAGUUGGUGCUAAAUUUUGUAUUCUCCAAAAACAAUCAGGAUGCUUUCUUAUGAGCUGUUCAUUGACAGUGUUACUUAUUGGAAACACUAGUAACAUUCUCAAAAUUUUUAUUCAGUUUGAACCAAGCUAAGUAACAAUUAGAUAUACUAUAUUUAUAUUUAUAUAACUAUAUUUUUUUAUAUCAUUUUGCACUAUUAUGACGGUAAACCUUUAACCAAACUCACCACUAGAUGGAGGUAGCAUUCAUAUUCAAGGCUCAUCGUGUGGGUAAAAAUAAUAGUAUAAUUACAUGCUAAAUCCACAACGAUGAUUUGUUAUAAUAUGUGUUAAUACAGUUUGGUAUGUCAUAAUGUCAAAAGGACAUUUUUGUAUUUUUGCAUAAAUGUAAUUAUCCUGAUCAUCUACAAUAAAAGGGAGCACUUGAA